ACCAACAUGACAUCAUUGUGACAUCGCAGGAAGUCUAAACAGGUGAUUGUAACAUCAAAUUUAGACCAGGAUACCUCAUUCCGGGAAACGUAAUCAAGAACUGACUGCAACCAUAAACAAUGACAAAAGCAUAACAACAAGUAGGUAAAUGCCCACACUAGUACCUCCCCAUGGUUUGUCCAAGUCAUGUGACAGGGGAUGGCUGACAGCACGUCUGAGGCCGACAGAAAACCAACCAAUCAUGAUACGGCAAACUCUAACGAUACCUGUGAACAUAACGAAGAACUAGGGGACGUCAUCAACAAUGUUAAUGCAUUUAUAAAGCAGAGAAAAAAUACAGAGGCACUAGAAGCAUGUAAUAAGGGUUUGCACAACAAUGUGAACAAUGACAAGCUGCUGGAGAAGAAGAUCAAGGUGCUGUGUCAUCUCGGCCAGUUCCAGGAAGCAUAUGACCUCGCCUGCGACUGGAAGGUCCGAGAUCCACAGCAUCCCGUGGCACAGAAAGAAGUGAACCGACUGAAGAUUGUUUUGAAUGCGUUACGUGAUCAGGACUCCGAAGAUGAUUCCGCGUCUCCGACUGUGCAAGGGCCAGCCCAACCAGACGUCAGGAGUUCUCCUGAUGGGAGGGAGGAGGGGACGGAGGCGGUAUCCCCCCAGACCAGGCCGGCCACCAACAUCGUCCUUACUCUCCCUCCCAUGCCUACAAAAAACCCAAAGUCAGAAGUUAAAGCUGUCUCCGAGUUUGUGUGUACAUUCUGCGACAUCAAGUUCACGCGGCAAGAUGAGUUGGACACACAUUGUCGUAGUGACCUUCACAAGAAAAGAUUGACCUCUGAUGAAGGUCAUGGGUGGAAGUUCCGAGCUCCGCCCCGUGGCCUCAGCAGUGAAGAAUAUGUCCUCUGCCUCAGGUUUUCUGAGAUUGGGCGGUGUCCCUUUGGGGACAAGUGCACCCAGGCCCACUCAGAAGAUGAGCUGAACGAGUGGAAGGAGAGGUUCAAGUUCCGGAAACAGCAGCUGCAGAAGGCACGGGACAGUCAGCUUCAUGGCAACACCUACACAGAGCAACUGAUGGAGAGGCUGACAAACGCAGAGAGUCCUAAAGCUGUGCUGGUUCACAACUUGGACUUUGUAAAAGUGCAUGUCAACUCCGACCUCAAGGUCAACAUGACAAACAAGAAGUGUACCAACGCCUGGACCUUCACCAUCACCUCGAAGAUCUGCCUGCACAGCGUAGCCCUCCUGGACGACGUGAACCGCAGCUACUUCUACAUCUCGUCCAUCUCCGUGGGCCCCAAGAAGACCCAGAAGUACCAGAACCUGGAGCACCAGUGCCAGGAGUGGAUCAACCAGGACACAGCCAACAAGGGCCAUGGGGAAUACGUCUACAGGGUCAAGGUUGUAUUCAAGACUGACCUGUAUGGCACGUUCCGGCAGUCCAUCGUGUUUGACUUUGGCCUGGAGGCGGUGAUGGCGCGGGAGAUGCAGGUGGAGUCUGCGCCGGUGAUGGACACGGAGAAGCUGACCAAGGACCUCAUCCUGACCGACUCCAGCAGGUGGACGGACGAGAAGGUGGAAAUUACACCCUUUGAACCUGUCUCCAACCCGUAUUCUGGCACUGAGAAGAGCCUACUGUCGAAGUACACGUUACCACGGCCAGAGAAGCUCUCCAUGUCAGAGACCAUCGUCCAGACCCUCAGCAAGGAGAACUACCGCCUGUGGAUGCAUGAGAUGCUCUACCUGGAGGAGAUGGCCCAGCUCAGCUUUGUGUCCAGAUUCAAUGUAAAGACCUCGCUCCAGCUGGUGAAUCGCUUUCUUCUGAUGCCCGGCGCCCUGUCGACAGCGAAGUACGCCCACGAUGGCCAGCUGUUUGCCCGGAUGCUGCUGGAGGAUGACCUGUCCGAGGACUCCAUGGGCGGGCGGCUCAUCCUGAUGAACUCCCAGAUGGCACUCAUUGCACCUGCUGUCACUGAUGCGGAGGGAAAGCUGAUGAAGACAGACCAGGUGUAUGAAGCGUUGAUAGAGGGCAAGGGAAAGAACUUCAUCUUUCUACGACUCUCGGCUCGCUGCAUCAGAGAACUCAACUUGUCAUGUGACCAGGAAUUUGAAGCUCAGGUCCAGUUCCAGCUGAAUCGCCUGUCCAAGUGUGAGAUGCACUCAGCUGUGGAUAAGCUGCCCACGCUGGACAUCGUGUUUCCCCCCAAGAGCGAACCAGCCAUUCCUUGGACUCCAAACAGGCAGUGGAACAGAGACAUGGACAACAAGCUGAAUGUGAAGCAGAAGGAGGCCAUAGUGGGUGUGGUCACCGAUCUCAACGUCAAGCUGCCCCCACUCCUCAUCGUGGGGCCAUUUGGGACCGGGAAGACAUUCACCAUGGCACAAGCAGCCAAGCAGGUCCUCCAGCAGGAUGACACCAGGAUCCUUAUCUGUACCCACUCCAACAGUGCGGCAGAUCUGUACAUCCGAGAGUUCUUCCACCCGUAUGUGGAAGACAACCACCCAGAAGCACGGCCACUGCGUGUGUUGUAUCGGCAGCGCUGGGUGCAGACAGUGUCCGACAUUGUCCUGGACUAUUGCCUGUGGGACAAGUCCGUGGGGCUGUUCCGGUAUCCUGGGCUGGAAGACCUUGAAAAACACAGGAUCGUCAUCACCACACUCAGCACGUCACGAUACAUCAGUGACCUUGACCUACCAUCAGGUUUCUUCACCCACAUCUUCAUAGACGAGGCAGCACAGGCUCUGGAGAGCGAGACUCUCAUCCCUCUCGCCAUGGCAGGAGAAUCCACAAGGAUCGUACUGGCAGGGGAUCACAUGCAGCUAAGUCCUGAGGUGUACUCGGACUACACCCGGCAGCAGGGUUUCCACUCCUCCCUCCUGGAGCGUCUGUACGAGCUGUACCCAGCCGACUCCGCCUGCAAGAUCAUGCUGUGUGAGAACUACAGGUCACACUCCGCCAUCGUGGACUUCACGUCCGAGCUGUUCUACGACAACAAGCUGAUCGCCAGCGGGAAGCUGACUGCCCACAACAGCCACCACCCACUGACCUUCUACGCAGCCAAGGGGGAGGAGAUCCAGCACGCCAACAGCACAGGCUUCUACAACAACUCUGAGGUGUACGAAAUUGUUGAAAGAGUUGAUGAACUGGUGAAGAAAUGGCCAGAGGACUGGGGACCCAUUGAGGAGAGUGGGAUUGGCGUUGUAGCUCCCUACUCUGACCAGGUGAUCCGUAUUCGAGCUGAGAUGAGGAAGAAGAAGAUGUUCAACAUCUCUGUGGAGCGAGUGCUCAACGUGCAGGGCAAACAGUAUCGUGUGAUCAUCUUAAGCACAGUGCGGACACGCCACACUUGCCGUUCAGACACGAGUGUUGAGGACCUGAUGGACUAUGGCUUCCUGUCGAAUGUGAAGCUCCUCAAUACAGCCAUCACACGUGCUCAGUCUCUCGUCAUCGUUGUCGGCGACCCAGUUUCCCUCUGCCUUGUUGGCAAGUGCAGGAAAGUGUGGGAGUACUAUCUGGAGAUCUGCAACAAGAGCAGCAGUUUCCACGGCAUGACCUGGACGAGUCUCCGUUCACAGCUGGACGGCGCGGAAAUGACCAAGACGUACGUCCUGAAUCCCCUGGCACCGGAAUUUGUCCCGAAUCGUUUGUUCCACAACACCCAGUCGGCAGCAGACGCAGCGGGCCAGUUCCUCCAGGGGAUGCCCCACAACAUGCCCUGGCAGCACCUUAGUCCGUACCAUCCCAUGACAACAUCGUAUGGACACUCCGUCAUUCAGCCGAUGUACCAGCCUCCAGUGAUGCCGUACUACCCGAUGCCCAUGUACCACCCCGGCUUCUUCAGCCCGAUGGUGUACCGGCCGUACAUCCCACACCGUCAGGGCAGCCCGGUCAGUGGAAGGUCCAGCUCACCCAAGACAGUCACAACCAGAGCUACACCCAUGCCCCCAGCCAAUCACAGCAUGCGUGGUCGACCCGAACACGGCAAGGCUUCACCAGAGGGAGCAAAACAAGGGGAUCAUCCUCCAUCCCACAUGAAGACAUUCUACAAGCAACCCAAAAGUCGCAUGAUGGUGUAUCUGCCGCCUCGGAUGCCGAUGUCUUACCCACCCUAUUACCACCAUCCCAUGUUCCCACAUCAUCCCUACUUCUACAUUGGGGAUGAACACCACCCUCACAGAAUGUCUCUCCAUCAGCCUCCAUUCAUGCCUCAAGGCCCCCGCUUCGCUCCCUAUGGUCCAAUGUUACCCUAUGGCCACCCCUCCGGGCCUCAGGCAGUGGAGCGAGGUCAGAGCUCAGGGCCGUCGUCUGGGUCCAACUCUAAUGUGUCCACUCCAACACCAAUGGAAGAUGCUGAAAUGAGGAGCAGAUCGGAGGAUCGGUCGUCGCCAUCUGUGUCGGGGCAGAAGAUUCAGCUGAUGCCAGGAGUUAAACAUGUUCCAGCUCACCUUCUGAACACAGAAGGGAAAGAAGUGGGGUCAAAGAGUAGCACAUCCGCUAGUCCACCCCCUGAGGACCGGCGGGAAGAGAGGAGGUCGACCCCUCUGUCAGAGAGACCCUACAGUCCAGCAAACUAUGGGAAAAUGGCAGACAAUAACAAGGUGGAGAAGAUUAACAACAGAGACAACUUUACUGUCGUUUCAAAUAAGAAACAAGCUAGAAAGCAGCUAAAACUGAAAACAGGGUUCAGUCGUCAGUUCAGCGACGACCUGCCAACUCCUACCGAGAUCACGGACUUGGUGAGGAUGAUUGAAGAAAGCAUUGAGGAAAAGAAAGAAGACGAGGAACCACUGCCGAAAAACAAACCCGGGGAACUCAAUGGACAGAGUCGACUGUCCUCACUCACAAAACUCCAGCUCAACCUGAACAACGGGCAGGACCAGUCCGACAAAGGUGCAGAACCUUCAUCUGCUGGGAGUCAGAACGGAGAAAAGCUGUCCUACGCAGGAGUUCUCAGGAAGCCACCAUUGCCUCCUGCACCAGUGUCCAAAAAUGGGUCUAGUAUGGACACCUCUCCCUUGAUCGAACCUCAGACCCCUCGGACCCCGUCUGGCUUCAUCACCCCAGGCACCGAGAUGGAGAUGGACCCGUUCGGCAUCCUCAAGAGUCUUAACAUUGAGUCCUCCCCACAGCAUCAUCGCUAUCCUCACUACUAAACCUCGGCUCCUGUGUUCUGUGACCAGGAACUCAUCAGUCCACCAUUUUACAUUUGCAUAUAGAAACUGACUUAGGAGAUCUUUAACAAGUAUGGCAGUUGAUCACCGACGUGUAUGAUCAUGACUCUGUUCAGUCCACAAUGUUUCCACUCAAUCACCAACACAUGUGGAUAGUUUUAUUUGUUGACUGUCGGAGACAGGACCAUGGGAGACGUGUAGAUUUUGCUUUGUAGGUACUGCCCUAUGUUCUCUGUUCUCUGUGUUCGUGUUAGAGCAAGGGUACGUCCAAGUGCUUGGUAGAUUAGUUUCCUAGCUUCUCACUGUCUUGCCUCAGAGAUGUAGUGCAGUCUAUAUAUUUUCUCUAGUUAUUUUCCUGGUAGGUAUGUCAGUGUGUUGUCACCUAGAUGUUGGUUCUCUGAAACUAAUCAUCCAAAUAGGAGUUGAGUUGGAUACAAGUUAGAUGAUCGUUAGAUACAAUUGACUGUUAUGUUUAGUGUGGAACAUGUUCUUUAUCUAUGAAGAAUUACACCAAGCAGGUUUUACACCAAUGGUUUCAAACUAAGUUAGGAAAUGAUAUUUUGACUCAUGACUUCUAUUUAGGUUUCUAUUUAUUAACAAUUACGUUCUCUAUGAAAACGGUGAAUAAGAAUAAAAAGUACCAUGAAUUACUGGUAAAAGUAAUUCUUGAUACAUAUACUGAUGGGAAUUAAUAAGGGAACACUCAGUUUUAGACAGUAAAAUGAUGUGCUGUCAUGGCUUCCCAGCCUUGUCUACCAAAAUGCUUUGGAAACAAUGCACACAAACAGGUCUUAACAUUUGAUUCAGACGUGUGUUAUAAUUUGUGCGUGCUAUUUCAAAUGUAUAGAAAAGCUGAUUUAACUAUAUUGUUCCCUUAAUUGUUUCGAUCAGUAUAUUAUGGUGUUUAUAUGAACAGCCACUACGAGUUUAUCGGUCACUGUUUUCUCACGAGCAUGGUGCAAUUGUUAUAUUAUCUGUCCAUGAGUCUAAAAACAAGUGAUUUUAGUAUUGCGAUAUUGUGUACCCCGGUAUCUGCUAUUUGGAUGUGUAGGUUACCUGGAUGGGACAUUCAUGUUUAUCACAAAUACUGAUGUUGUUAAGCAAUGGCUGUGAAUAUCUUAGUGACAUUUUCCAUUGUCAGAAAUGAAUUGAGUGUGAUCAAAGAUUAGAUUUAUUUACUGUUGUUAUGGAAACCGCAAGAUUGAAACAUUAAGUUUCAUUUUAUGUUGGGCACUUAGCAACGCACAGAAAACUCCCCAACUAGCUUUGUGUUAGAAGUACAGUUAAACAUGUGAUAACUGUUUCUGUUUUUGUGAAUCGAACUGUGUGUUAAGUAGCCAUCAUCUUGACCCGAGAGUAUCUGUUGGAAACUACCCAACUUGGCGCAGUGUAAGUAAUAAUAUUUCAUUGCUCCUCAUCGUGCAAUGAUAGGAUUGGGUGUAGCUUCAUUUGUCAAUUUCUUCUUUCACCAGUCGCACAUGUAGUUAAGUAUCCUGCGAGAGAGGAAGAGGAACACCAUUCGUUGGGUUGCUCAUUGUUAGAAGUAGUUGUGACAAACUGCCUGAUACUGAACGAGUACAUGGGAGACAAUAUGAUGUAUGGGAAGACAAGUAUUUUGAUACCUAAAACAAGAGCAAGUUCAUCUUGAUUAUCAAUUUCAGUGUGACUUUAUCAAAAGGCAGCUACACAAAUCAACAUGGUAUCAAAUCAGUUUUGCAUCAAUAAGAGUUGUUUGGUCUAAUUGUACAUCAUGAGACUAAAGAAAUGGCGUUAUUUACGUCCAGUCAUGUUGGAGAUUUUUUCAUCUUCAGAUAUAUUCUCGCAGUCACGUUCAGCUUUCAGUGUCGUCAAGUAAAACCGUGGAUUGUGUAGGUUUGUGAAUGAUGCAGCGAAAGAAGAAUCAUGGCGUUCAGGACAUAAUAGCAUAAUAACAUGUAACUCCUUUAGCUUGUAGAGGGUUAACUGGGCUCUUGGAAGGAGAGGAGUUACUCUGAACAUUUCCUGUGUGUGGGCAAGAUGGCGCGACACCCCUGAAGAACAUUUAUGACUUGUGAGUGAGUCAGUCAGAUUUCACAGCCAGGGAAUACCAGAAAUGGGCUUCAAAUUGUACCCAUGUGGGAAAUUGUGGAGUGAACGCUUUAACCACUAGGCUAGCCCACUGACCCUGACCUUGUGAGAGGUAUGAGAAUAUUUCCCUAGCAACUAGUUUAGUGUAUUUUGGUUAUAUGUCAAAUUGAGAACAUUGUGGACAAGCAGUCAGGAGUUUGUCUUGACUCUGAAUAGGCAGAAUCAAUGGCCUAUAUGCAAACUUAUUCUUCCAGUCAAAGCCCACAAAAAAAUCAUGGCUCUAUGAUUACUGUAAGUCUGUGUUCAAGUAUUGGAAUUAGCAAAGUCUCUUUGUUCAUGGUAAGGGAGAUAUCUUUCUAACAAACACAGACCACCGAGAGCUUGUGAUAUAACGUAGAUAGUAACAUAGCUACACAGUUGUUCCAAGGUGCAGUUUUAUUCACUCACACUAGGCCAUUUGUAUAUCCAUUGAACGCCACACUUAGGAAUAUGCGAGCUGAAUGACGGCAAUAAUCCACUCUGGG